GUCCCCAAUGUCCCCAACGUCCCCAGGAGCCUGCUGAACAAGCCCAAGAGCGAGAUGACCCCCGAGGAGCUGCAGAAGCGCGAGGAGGAGGAGUUCAACACGGGCCCGCUGUCGGUGCUGACGCAGAGCGUCAAGAACAACACGCAGGUGCUCAUCAACUGCCGCAACAACAAGAAGCUGCUGGGCCGCGUCAAGGCCUUCGACAGGCACUGUAACAUGGUGCUGGAGAACGUCAAGGAGAUGUGGACGGAGGUGCCCAAGAGCGGCAAAGGCAAGAAGAAAUCCAAGCCGGUCAACAAGGACCGCUACAUCUCCAAGAUGUUCCUGCGCGGAGACUCCGUCAUCGUGGUGCUGCGCAACCCCCUCAUCGCCGGGAAGUAGGGAAUUCCUGCUGGGAACACCCUCUGGAACCUUCUGGAACCAUCCCGGAUCCCCCUGGAACCUUCCGGAACCUUCCAGAUCCUCUUGGAACCUUCUGGAACGUUCCCCAGAGCGGCUCCGUCAUCGUGGUGCUGCGCAACCCCCUCAUCGCCGGGAAGUAGGGAAUUCCUGCUGGGAACACCCUCUGGAACCUUCCGGAACCAUCCCGGAUCCCCCUGGAACCUUCCAGAGCUCCCAGAACCUUCCCCAGAGCGGCUCCGUCAUCGUGGUCCUGUGAAUCCCCCUCAUCGCCGGGAAGUAGGGAAUUCCUGCUGGGAACACCCUC